AUGGUGGCACCCUUCCGCAAAACGAAGAGCCUGAGAUCUGAGGACGAAGAGCAAGACUUUCAGCUUGUCGUGAAGAUGACGUUUCUUGAAUAUGUGCCAGACAGGCUUUCCGAGGACUCCGUCACCGGCUCCACGGACACCGCGGACACCUCCCCAUCGCUGGGAUCAACUCUUCAUCAGUUCGGCACCUGCAAACCGUGCGCCUGGUUUUGGAAAUCUUCCGGAUGUAACAAUGGAGCUCAAUGCAGGCAUUGUCACCUAUGCCCUUUUGGAGAGUUGGGCCGGCGCAAACGCCAGAAUCGAAAGCUCGCACGAAGCAGCCGAGACGCUCCUGUGUCAGACACUUCCAUCGAAGACCUGUUGACAUUUUCGACGGAAUCCACGGAGCCGAUUUCACUGGAAGCAGCGGAAGGAGUCGAGGCAAACCCACGGCGCUUGGUUCCUCGUGCGCAGACUUGGCAAGGAACGACAACGGCGACAUCUCAACGCAACACAUAUCUACGAGCACAGACAUGGCAACACACGGUCAACCUGCAGACUGUUCCCGAAGGAUCCUUGUCCUCUCCCGUGGUCUUGUUGCUGCCCGUCGCCUCUUGGCUCCGCUUGGCUCAGUGGAGAUUUCAGGUUGGAGGUUGCAAACGUGCUGCCGACCGCUUCACCGCCCUCGAGCACCCCAAACACCCCAAACACCCAAAGCAAUUCUGGACCGUAGACGUCCUGAUCCCGGAAAUUCCCGCAGUUUUGAGGUCCAAUCAGGAUUCACCACUCUGCGCCUGGUCCCAUGGCCCAUGUUGCUUCGUGCAACCACUGCAUUCAGGGAACGGAGCGCUUGAAGUGCCGCGCCACUGGGUCCACUGGGUCCACGAUGCCCAGAGCACCACACAUCAAGGCGAUGUGAAAAUCGAAAUGCUUCGGAAUGCAUCGAAUGAAUCGAAUCAGUGCAUGACCCAUCGUGACACCGUUACUCGAUGUGUUGUACAGUUCGGCGUUUCUGCUUCGUUGCUGAGCGCGGCCUGGACGAAUGUCCAUGCCAAGCCGGAGUCCACAGCGAGUGGUUUCAACAUGAGAGCAGAUCCAGCCCUGGAAGGCUCCCAAGCAUGCUUCAUCAUGCUGCCUUUGUUUGUUGAUGACAUUCUUGAAAGGCUGCUGCCACCGGUAGCUGAUGAGCCUCCACCGCCACCGCCGCCACCACCUGAAGAUCCUGUCAUCUCAGUGCAGGAUGUGCAGGACAUCAGGGACUUCGGAUUUAUUGGGCAUGGGCGACGCCCAAAAGUUGAAAGGUGUAUGGCCCUGGUGGAAGAAGAUCUGGAGGUCGAGAUCGAGCCUGAUCCGCGGGGAUACCAAAAUCUGGAGCAUGGAGCAGUGCCCCGAAGCAGUGCAACCAAGGCAAAUCCAGGUGUGGCACCCGAAGACGAGCUUCCCAGAAGGAAGCUGAGCACUGCCAGCGUUCUGUCCUGCACCCAUGGCAGCAAAGGCGUGCGCAAAAUCUCCGUCGCUGGGGAUCAGUGGGAUCAGUGGUUCGUCGCAGGAAAUGUGCCUUCACCCACCAGCCAAGCACGGCAGAACUGUGGCCAGGAGCUCACCUGGAUACGUGGGCCGUUGAUCGGCCGUGGCUCCUUGGGACGUGUCUUCAAGGCGGUGGAGAUGGAUGGACAAUCGACUGGUCGAAUCCUAGCAGUCAAAGAGGUGCUGAUCAACUCUUCUGAUCGCCGUGAUGCAAAGUUUCGGGAAUCCUUGGAAAACGAGGUGAACAUCAUGAAAGCGCUGAAGCAUCCUCACAUCGUGGAGUAUUUAGGGCAUGACUAUUUGGACGAAUGCCUCUAUUUGUAUUUGGAGCACGUGCCCGGUGGCAGCAUCACUCAGGCCUUGAACGAUUUCGGAGCAUUCGCAGAGAGCCUGAUGGCUUCCUAUGCACGACAGACCUUAGAAGGGCUAGAGUAUCUCCACACCAGGGAGCCAGCAGUGAUCCAUCGUGACAUCAAGGGGAGUAACAUCCUCAUUGGAGAUGGUGACACGGUGAAGCUGGCAGAUUUCGGCUGCUCCAAGCGCACCGACGAGACCUUGACGCACACCAUGCGGGGCUCCAUCCCCUGGAUGGCACCAGAGGUCUUGGCGCAUUCCCGUUACGGCCGCGCUGCCGAUCUCUGGAGCUUCGGUUGUGUCGUCAUCGAAAUGGGCACCGCCAAUGUGCCGUGGGGGCGAUUUGAGCAUCAGAUGGCAGCACUGGUGAAGAUUGGUCUUUCACAGGAGAGGCCACCACUGCCGGAGCAAGUGAGCGGAGAGUGCAAGGACUUCCUCAAUCAGUGCAUUCGGAGAGACCCAGCCGAACGUCUCAGUGCUACUGAGAUGCUGCAGCACGUCUGGCUCAACACCCUCUUCGAUGAUUGGGAUGACACGUGUCACCUGAGGCGACUUGGCAAAACUGCAACGCCUAUGGACUGGCGAUGGUGUUUUGUUGGCAAGUUGAGCUAUCGCUAUCGACAAGCGCCGGUUGCGGCAUUUGGUAGCCGUGCCAGAGCAAUGCACUUGGCAAUGACUUGGCGCUUGGAUGGAAAUCCUGGACGCGACAGCGAUUUCUGCCGAAAUCGGAAUCGCGAACGUUUCUGGACGUUUCUUCAUCCCAGCUUUCCACACGCAAAGCUGACGUGUUGGCAGCGCAGGCCUCCAGGCGGUUUCGCUCCCAUGGGAUUCCCUGGUAUGGCACGGUACGAGAGCCUGGAGAAAUGGAGAGAAAUGGCGGAAGACCAAGGGACCCGCAUGACCCGCAGACCGCCAAUGGCUCCAAUGGCUCCAAUGGCUCCAAUGGCUCCAAUGGCACCAAUGCCAAUUCCACAGGCUCCUGCUGCCCCCACCUUCACUGAGGACGGGGAACUGAUCAGGGAGCAGAAAGCCAACAUGGAACGCUUAGCACAGCUGCCACCCACGGAGCUCGAGAAGUUGCCCAGCAGCACCAAGGUCCAGCUCUUGGAAUACCUGCAGAAGUGUCCCAAGCCGACGGAUUCCCGUGUGAAGGCUGAAAUUGUGAAGUGA